CUCAUUCUCAGAGCAUUUUACUCUUCAAGUGGACUGACAGCCACUCAUCUCUGUAUAUUGAUUUGGGUGCGAGCAGCGUGUGUGUGUUGGUGGACUUUGGAUUAAACUGGGUCUUCAUGAGGGUAGCAGAGGACACACUCUCCCCUGGAAGAUGGGCAAUGUGUCAAAAACAGCCCUGUUUGUGUCCACUAUCUCUAGACAGCAUGAUGUCUUUAUGGGGUCACUUUAUUCUGUCUUCUGUGUACUGUCACUUUUGGGAAACGGGAUGCUUUUGUUUGUAGCGUACCGUAAGAGGUCAAGUUUAAAGCCGGCAGAGUUCUUCGUUGUGAAUCUGUCUGUGAGCGAUCUGGGGAUGACUCUGUCUCUGUUUCCAUUGGCUAUCCCAUCUGCUCUUGCACACAGGUGGUUAUUUGGCGAGGUAGUUUGCCUGUGCUAUGCUAUGUGUGGGGUUUUAUUUGGCUUGUGUAGCCUGACAAACCUGACUGCUUUGUCGUCAGUAUGCUGCCUCAAAGUGUGCUUCCCAAAUUACGGCAACAAAUUUUCAUCCAACCACGCUUGUGUGAUGGUGGCAGGGGUGUGGUGCUAUGCGUCCGUGUUUGCUGUGGGACCACUUGCUCGGUGGGGGAGUUUUGGACCAGAACCAUACGGAACCGCCUGCUGCAUAAACUGGUACUAUCCAUCCCACGAUGUCCUUGCCAUGUCUUACAUCAUCAGUCUCUUCAUCUUCUGUUAUGUGCUCCCGUGUACCAUCACCAUCCUCUCCUACACCUUAAUCCUGCUCACAGUGAGGGGGUCUCGCCAAGCCGUUAAACAACACGUUUCUCCACAAACCAAAGUGACAAAUGCACACACUCUCAUUGUCAAGCUCUCAGUGGCUGUAUGCAUUGGCUUCUUGACGGCCUGGAGUCCAUACGCAGUGGUCGCCAUGUGGGCGGCGUUCAGUGCCAAUGAGCAAGUCCCGCCCACAGCAUUUGCGCUGGCAGCUAUAUUUGCCAAAUCUUCCACCAUUUGUAACCCUAUGGUGUAUCUGCUCUUUAAACCUAACUUUCGAAAAUCACUGAGUCAGGACACUAGAAGCAUCCGCCACAGGAUUUGUUUGAGCCACAGCAAGGCCAGUCCUACAGCACAAAUAAAAGGCCAUCAAGGGCAGAGCUCUCAAACGUGUAACAAAAAGGAUGCCAGCAACUCCACACCCUUUUCCAGCAGCCAACCAGAGAGUUACGGAGCUUGUGUUCACCAUGCAGACACCCAGCGGCACUUCCAACAUCCCAGCACCCAGACAACCGCAUGUGUUCUGGAGGGAACCGUUCAGCCUGAAAUAACAGUGAGACAACUGACUGAAAACAUGUACAAUGACCUCCUGUGAGCGAAGCCCUAAAAGAGCCACAGUAUUCCAACAUCCACUCCUUCUCAGAACUAGAAGGCUGUAAUGUACACUGUAAACUCACAUUGUCUUUACAUUAGUCUCAAAAAGAACAAAACCUAAUAUGUGAAUAUUAUUUGUUAAAUAAAGUUAAAC